CUUGCGAUAGCUAUGGCUCCGUUGUUGCUGAAUGCGCCAGUGGGCCAUUCGUGUUCGUCCCGAUGCUCCACCAUAACCCAUUGCUCGGUUUUGCCAGCACCACCAAUCUCCUCGGGUAAAGGUUUCUUUUUUCCUUUGUUCUUCCCUUGCGAAGAAAAGAGUAUGAUAGAUUUGGAGGCUCGCAUCUCUGUAGCAGCUAGCACUGGAAGGCUCGACUUGAGCGAUUGUGGUCUCGAAGAAAUACCAGCGCAGGUCUUUGGUCUCUCGGAGCUUGUCGAUCUUUCGGUCGCAGGCAACCGCAUUACCAAUCUUCCCGAGGAGAUUUACAAGCUCAAAAACCUUCAAAGACUGGGACUUGCCGGAAAUUCUCUGCGUACUUUGCCAGAAAGUAUAGGCACCUUGACGCACUUGCAAGGAUUAUGGGUCCAUGGGAAUCUUCUUCACGCUCUUCCUCCACAAAUAGGCAAACUCGAGCAGCUCCGGUUUCUAGCACUCGCCGGUAAUCAGCUGGCCAUUCUUCCAGAAACGCUUUCCGGUCUUAAGAGCCUCGAGGUUCUUUCGGUGGCUGGCAACAAUCUCAUCGAGCUACCUUCUGGUAUUGGAUCUUUGUGCGCGUUGCGAAUUUUGGCAGUAUUUGGCAACCUCCUUUUCCAUCUUCCCUCAAGCAUUGGAAGCCUUCCAUCGUUGCAAGAGCUGUGGUUACAAGGGAACAGCUUGGAAAGCUUGCCAUCAACUUUAGACGGGCUGGUAUCUUUGAAACAGCUCUGCAUUGCGGACAACCAGCUUCAAUCCUUGCCCAGAUCUAUAGGAUAUCUACAAGCUUUGGAGUCUUUAUCACUGUAUGGAAACAAUCUUCAUCACCUUCCUCCAGCGCUCCAGGAUUUGAAAUCUCUUCGCAAUCUCUGGCUAGAGGGAAAUCCCUUUCAGGCUGAAUCCUUGUGUCACCUGCCAGAUGGUAUGAAGGCGUUUGGUGUAAGCUCAGAUGUGAAAUUGCCAGAUCAAAUCUCUUCCAAGCUCCUAGAAGUUUUAAGCGUAUCAGAUGUUGCUGGAACCGGAGACGCUGUGUCUGACGGUGGCUACUUCAAGCUUCACAGAUACAAUGCGAGAAAUCCAAAUUGGAAGGAAGCGACUGUUCUAGUUGUAGCAUUUGGAAGCGCUCCGGGUGUUCCCAACUGGGGAGGAUUGCUGAGCAGAGUCAAAAAAGAAAUGGAAGCCAGUGGAGUGACUCCAGCUUUCGACAUAUUAUAUGUUGUUGAUAGCUGGCGAUCUUGGUACACUCAAAACAAGGAACAAGUCGUGGAGCUGACCAGCAUUGUUAACUCGCGGCAGGAGCACCAACUUGGAAGCUAUUACAAGCGAGAACUGGAAGCUGCAGUGGAAAGCUACAAGCGAGUCGUCAUGCUGGGAGAUUCUAUGGGAGCAACAGCAGCAUUGCGCUUCUCACGGCUGGCUACUUCAGUUCUGGCCUUUUGCCCCCAGGUGGAUCUGGAGUCAUCCUCCAUCAGACCAGGGAAAGAUGCAUCGUGGCUGGAGCAGUACAAGCAAACGCUGCUCGACGCCGUCCGUGAGUCAAAUGCGGAUAUCUCCGUCCACUGUGGAAGCUGGUCACACGAUUGCGCUCAAGCAAGGAUUCUACCCGACACCAAGGUGACUGUCAAAGUUCACAGCGUGAACACGCACCGUCUCGCUAAAGAAUUGGAUUCACGAGGCUCUCUUGUGCCACUGAUCCGGAGCGAGAUCGAGAAAGAAAUGUCAUACUAAGCACUUGCGGGCCAGGCUUUAGACACGACCAACAUCGGAUUUGAGAGGAGAAGAAAAAGAAAAGUAAGCUUCCUGUUUGAUUCCGACUGCUGGACACGACGAGGUACUCUCGAGUGAAAGCGAGGGGAGCGAGAGCUCCUUUUGCUUUUUGCAGGGCUCCAGGCUUUCCUUGAGCCGCGCUUGUUUAGUCUUGAGUUUUUCCGAAUCGUGGUGGUGGUGGAGGUGGUGGUGGCAGCGAGAUAUCACGAACUUACAGCAAGAGAUUGGAACUUUUUUUUUUUUCUCCCUGCCAGGAAGAAGAAGAAAAGGAGAUCGAGCUAUGAAAGAAUUGGUUGGCUCGGCUCGGGUGGAUUCCAGAGAGGCAAUGCAGCAGCCAGAGGCGACAGCAGCAACAAGGAAGGAAUAAAAAGCUGGCUGGCUGGAUCCAAUUGGGAAAUCCGGGGAUCAAAACCGCGUGGUUGGAUCGAUCGAGUUUUUCUUCCUUUUUUCCUCCCAGGCGCAUUCAAUUCAACAACUGAAAGCGACACCGGAUAUUUCUCAGUGGGUUAGAAUCAAUCAGAGUUUGCGAGCGAUUCGCUCGUUCCUGUCGUUGCGAGAAAUGGAAGUUUUUGAGCGAAAGCAAAA